CGCCGGUCCGCUCUCGUGGUCGGCGGGGGCGCCUCGGGCCUGAGCUGCGCCCUCGAGCUGGCCGGCCGCGGCUGGUCCGUCUCGGUCCUCUCGCGCGACACCUCCGAGGGCGCCACCCGCGCCGCUGGCGGCAUGCUGGCGCCGCAGGCGGAGCGGCUGGAGGAGGGGCCGCUGCUCGACCUGUGCGUGCGCGCGCGCUCGCACUUUCCGCCCUGGCUGCAGCGCGUCGAGCGGCUCUCCGGCGUCGACGCCAACCUCUGCUCGCGCGGCGGCUUCCUCGCGCCCGCCUUCGAGGGCGACGCCGUGCAGCGGUGGCGCCCUCCGGCGGCCGGCGGGCCGGCGACGUGGCUGGGGCCCGAGGCGCUGCGUGCGCUGGAGCCGGCGGUGUCGGAGGCGGCCGUCGGCGGCUGGCUUUUCGAGCGGGAGGCGUCGGUCGACCCUCGCGCGCUGCACGACGCGCUGCUCACCUCGUGCGGAGCGCUGGGCGUGCGCGUGCUGGAGGGCGUCUCGGCCUGCUCACUCAAUUUGGACGUGGAGGCGGCGGCGGGAGGCGCGGCGGGCGGGAGCGGCGGGGCGGCGGCGGCGGUCAUCACGAGCGACGGCGCCGAGCUGCGCGCGGACGCCGUCGUGCUCGCGUGCGGCGCGUGGGCGCGCGAGCUGCUGCCGCUCGCCUCGUUCCCGAUCAAGGGGCAGAUGCUGCGGCUGCGGCCGCCGCCCGGGCACGCGCAGCGCGAGGCGGGCGGGCUGCAGCGCACGCUCUUCGGCGACGGGGUCUACCUUAUCCCGCGGCGCGACGGCGCCGUGGUGGUUGGCGCGACCGAGGAGCCCGGCGCCGGCUACGACCGCAGGGCCACCGCCGGCGGCGUGGCGCAGCUGCUCGACAAGGCGGUCGCCGCGGCGCCCGUGCUGGCAGACUACACGCUUGACGAGGUGUGGGCCGGGCUGCGCCCCACCACGCCGGACCGCAUGCCCCUCCUCGGCCGCGCCUCCUCCGCCUUGAACCUGCACGUCGCCGCCGGCUACCACCGCAACGGCAUCCUCCUCUCGCCGCUCUGCGCAAAGCUGGUCGCCGACGGCAUC